CUCGCCGUAUCCGUCGCUCCCCGUUGUCAACUUGUAUAUUGUUAGUGAUCGCCGGCACGUUGCCGCGAUCGGAGUGCCCACGCCACUCGGCGACUGGCUCCUGACUAACGUUCCGGGGACAAUCCCAUCGAGUUCGCGUUACUGUUUUUAAAAGUCGAACCCGAGGGGGUUGAGCGAAAAGGAAUUGGAGUACGGCCGAUCAAGAAGGGGAGAGUUCGUCGUCCCGGUUCUCGCGGAAACAUCGAUGACGACCGUUGACGGAACACGCGAUGGGACAUCGAUGGAUCGUAGGCGCAUCAAAUUGCCGGUACGCGUUCACGCCGCGUAAACGCGCUCGUGUAAUACCUUCGUCAGCUGGUGAUCGCACGUUUCGCUGUAUAAGUGUCGAGCGAGGUGGAUGUUCCAGUCGUUCGGAGCGAAGAGGAAGCCGCCAAGAGUAAUCGAGAGAUAGAUAGAGAGAUAGAGAGAGAGAAAGAGAGAGAGAGAGAAAGAGGAUUGUGUGUAGUCAAGUGUCGCGUUCUGUGUGCAGCAAGGAGGAGGUUCUCGGUAGGAGGGGGUAUAAUAGUGAACUGGAGGAUCGUCGCCGAUAAAGGAGAAGUGGAGAGAAGGAGAAAGAAAUAGAGAGUGGGAAUAUCAAACGGGCAGCGGUGGGGACACGUCAGAGUGUGUGCGGUCGUGUCCAAGAAAGAGGUGGAGAAGCGAAACAGCAACGAGAGUCGGCGGCAGAAGGGGUACGGGUGGCAGGGGGGGACGAGCAGCGAACAAACUACCGGGAAGAAGUCAGCGGGCAAGUAAAGCAGCGCCGUCGAGGCUAAACUUUGGGAUCUAUCGAACUAAAAUUGUCGUGUAGUUUCUGCCUCCUCUUCUCGCCCCACCUCUAUAUCAACCAACCACCCCCUUGACCCCACCAGAAACCCGACACACACGGUGGCAACGGCAGCAUCUCGGCCGGUUGCGCCCCCUUUGGGUGCUCGAGCACCCAUCCCCUCCACAAAACGAAAGCCGAACGAAGAGGGAAGAAACGCGGCGACGGUGGGGUCGUCACGAGGGACGAGGAGCUUUCGAACGAGUGAGAAGAAUAGAACGAGGACGGCGCCGCGAAAGAGUGAGACGGUGAAACAGAAAGAGGAAAAGGAGAGAAAGAGAGGGGAGAGAGAGAGAAAGAGAAAGAGAGCGGAGGUUUUCGAGCGAGAGGGGAUAGGCAGGGAACGCGUUAGCUGGCUCCACGGGCGACUCACCAUAUUUUAUUGUCGCGUUUGCCGACGCUAACCGCCGGGUGUACGGACUCCGUUCCCCGAUCCCUACGAAGAUGCCGUUCUGACUCGGUAGAAGAGACCUACACGGAACACACUCGGCCUACUACCGGAGUGCGCUACGAAACGAAUUUCGCGCGGGUUACGAGGUGCCGGCAGUGGCAUCAUCGGAAAGCCACCGGAGCAGAGGUGGCACCAAUCCACCCCCACUACGGAGCGGCGGCGUGCCGGCCUGGACCCUCCCACCCGUCUCGCCGAGGGCAAACCAUCUCGCAAAAAUCGUCCCCCUUUCCAUGGAAGGAAAAGAACUACGGCGACGACUCUGCCACCACCACCACCACCAUUGUCGAGCCGACCGUUUCUCGUCACUACCACCACCACCAUCGGCACACUACCAUCGUUAUCGCCAGCGCCACCGUCACUAUACCCGCGCCUCCUCCUACACACCGCGAUCAACCGUCAUCUCGCGGAACAGGGAUACCAGAAACUUACAGAUUUGGUUCGCGUUGUCCCGUCCCUCGUCGAGUCGUGCUACUUACCACCGUUCGCCGUCGGAGUCACCGGCUCCGAUUCGCUACUCCCGGCUAACUCAAAAACGAACCCGAAACGGAUGUUAGUGACGAUUCGGAGAAAGUGCGCGUUGUGGAUCGGACGAUCGAGAAUACGUACUUACUCAUUCAGUGCGCGUUUAAAUCGCCGCCCAGUAGUACGACCAAAGGAAGUUUCCGGCGCGUACGAAAGGUAGAGAGGGAACAGUCGUGGACACGCGCCCUCCUUUCUGCCGUGUACCCCCUCUAAAACACGAGUGACAACGUUCGCGUACAUGUGAACGCACACGCGGCCAGUUCACGCAGGGGACGAAGACAGAAGUGCCGAGGCGUUGGGCUGUACACGUGUGAGCCACGCCAGUUUGUAGUUACUUGUUUCGGAGUGCGCGCACACGGUUUACGCGUCACCGUUCAACCCCGUGUGUCGAGAAACUCGCGUCGGACCACUGCGCUCCGGAUUUACGAAGAAAGAAAGGAAAAAAAAGAAAAGGAAACGAGUUUCGUCGCGAUCGCACGGGGUGCGAAGAGGUGAUCCCAAGCAGCGUGGAAGGAUUCUCCGUGGAGCGAGAAAGAAAGGGAAUAAGAUAAGGAAGAAAAAGAGUGCGCGCGAACAAGUCGAUCCCUCGCCUUUCCUUUUUCACGAACGUCUCUCCGUCACCAUCGCUCGAGUUCUCGACCUACCACUUUCUCCCUCUCUAUCACUCUGUUUCGCCUUUCGUCCGUCCCUCUAUAGCUCGUUUCCUCUCGCUCGCUCCUCCCUCCUCUAUUCCGUCUCGCUUUCUCGUAUCGCUCUCUCUCUUUCUGUCCCUCGCUGCCCGUGUCGCGUUCUCCUCCUCGCGCUCGCACUUAUGCACCUCCGCCUUCCUAUCCGCCGCGCGGAGGACUGGAUUCCGUCGAAAAGAAACGACGAUUCGGAGGAUAGUCGCGACCGAUCAUAGCUGGCGCGUCGAUCGGAUCUACGGCCGUGAGUUAGCCACGGCACGGCACGUACGGGACCGGAUCGAAUCGGAUCGUAGCAUCAAUCGCAGCGCGCAUUACAAUCGACGCGUGUUUUACUCCGAUCGCUCCGUAAUUAGGUGUUACGGUUCGCCGACUGUACGUAGUGCCACGUCAUUGUCGUAUUUCACCACCUGGACAAAACCAUUUCCAAUCACGUAUACGCGGCGCACGAGUACUGAACGAUGUGAACAGUUGACUCACGGUUUGUCAUCGACGUGUGUUAGUCGUGAACGAGUUCCUAAAGUCGACACAGUGUCAUCCACCACGUCGACACACUGCGUUUUGCGGUUGGAUAUCGGCAAACUGGUCCCUGUCCGUUGUCUCUUUGUGUCCGCGAGUCUGUGACAGUGCCAGUGUAUCGCGACCUGGAAGACACCGACUUCAGGGUUGACUACAACCGCGUUACAUACGCGGUGCACUAAAACGCGCGUGCUUGUUACAACGCGAGCUUAAUCAGUGAAAAAUCUCUGCGCUCGCUACUCCACCGGUUCCCCUCGCAUUUAUCAGUCUCCGCCUCGUGUUACGUGGUGAAACUAGAAUCGAACGUGAACAGAUAGAUACGGGAGAGGAAGAGGAUCGGCGAAAGUGGUGAUAAUUUCGUUCGGAUAUUUAGUGGGAUCGCGACAGAUGCCACGGCCUGGAAGGAUGAUCGCGUAGCGGUGACCGACCAUCACGGCCCUAAGUGGCCGACACAUCAUGUCACAGUUCUCUUUUCGAGGAUCACCAAAUCUACAGUGUCCUGUGACAGUGAGCUCGUCGCUGACGUCGUCUUCGGCCUCGCCGGUGUCCGGUUCGAUCCUAAGCGCGGGCGGUUCGUCGCUGGUCAGCGCAGCAGCGGGCACCACCACUGUCAAUCAUCCCUUAGCCGGUUUGUCGAACGCAAGGAUGGCGGUGACUAGCGCAGUGGUCAGGCCGCCGGGUAGCCCGACGACGUCGGUAAGCCCGUCUCAGGGUCACCCACCGCCUACAACUGGCGGCCCGACGCCGACCGGACGGUGUUGCGAUACCGGAAGACCGAUCUUCACGGAUCCGCUCACGGGCCAGACGGUCUGCUCCUGCCAGUACGAGCUCCUCGGCGGUUACCAACGACUCGGCGCGCUACCGACGGCUGCCCUCUCGAUGUACAGCGCGCCGUACGCCGCGGCAGCCGCCGCUGCCGCCGCCUCCGAGGGCAUGUAUUUCCCGAGCCUCGGAGCUGAACAGGCACCCUUCUACACGCCGGCUGGUGGCCUCGAUUUAAAGGAAAAUGUUGCCGUUGGAGCCACGGCUGCGUGGCCUUACCCAUCCGUCUACCACCCUUACGACGCCGCCUUCGCCAGUUACCCCUUCAAUGGUUAUGGCAUGGAUCUGAACGGUGCCAGACGGAAAAACGCGACACGAGAGACGACGAGCACGCUCAAGGCCUGGUUGAACGAGCACAAGAAGAAUCCGUAUCCGACGAAGGGCGAGAAAAUUAUGCUGGCCAUCAUCACGAAGAUGACUCUGACCCAAGUGUCCACGUGGUUCGCGAACGCGCGGAGACGACUGAAGAAAGAGAACAAGAUGACGUGGGAACCGAGGAACAGGGUCGAGGAUGAGGAUAACAACAACGAGGACGAUGACAGCGGAAGGAAGAGCGUCGACGAGAAGGACCGGCUAGAUUCAAAGGACUCGGGCACCGGGUCGAGCGAAGACGGAGAGCGACCGGCCCACCGGAUGGACCUUCUGGGCACUAGCGGUGGGUCCGCGGGUGUUCAAGGUAGAACCGAGAGCGAGUGGAGCGAAUCGCGAGCAGACAGUGGUCCAGAUAGUCCGGAGUGCCUCUACGAUCAGAGAGAGCCCAGGCAUCCUCUGCAGCUCCAGCAUCCGGCGUACCUCGCUUCCUCUCACGGCCGUUUGUUACGUCAUCCGUCACCCGAAAGUACGCCACCCAGCAGUCACCACUUACCCGCGUCGACCACUGCGUCGUCGACAGGCAGCGGAGUCACCACGAAGCCGCGGAUCUGGUCCUUGGCCGACAUGGCGAGUAAGGACGGCGAGCAGCAGAGUCCGACGCCGACGACAAUGGCUGGUCUCUCGUCUCCUUACGGUGGUAGCGGCGGGGCAGGUGGAGGAGUCGCUGGAGGUGGCGGCGGCGGAGGUGGAAAGUUGGUGAGUCCUUUGGCCAGUCGAUUACCACCCCAUUACCCCCUGCACCCGGCGAUGCACUCGGGAGCGCAGUUCGUCCGGCAUCAUCCGGAUUUCUAUCGAAAUCUGUACGGCGCGUCUCACCUCGGGUCCGGCGACAUGUCCCUACUGGAGACGUAUUCGAGGACGUUGGGCGGACUGAGCGGCGUGAUGCCGCCAUCCACGGCGCCCAGUAUACUAACGUCUUCCUCUUCGACCGUCUCAGCGAGCGGUAACGUUAAACCUUUCACGAUUAACGGCGGUACCGGUGCUCCCGGUGGACCCGGCGUGCUUUUGACCACCGCCACCUCCGGUUUGUCUCCUUCUUCCUCGUCGACGGCGUCUUCCGGUGGGUCCGGUGAGUCGCCCCAUCCGAGCGGAAGCUUGCCGUCCACGCAGGAGCUCAAAUCACCCGGCAGGGUGUGAUUCCCGCGUGUACCGGGACCACGACGGACUUAGGUAUACUGAAACAAAUUCGCUCGAAUCGAGAUAAUGUUCGAGCAACGGGAGCUUCUCGCCCGCGCAGGAGACGUUCCGCGCGGCGCCAGUGUUUGGUGUGGAUGACAAUAAUCAGAGACUACAACCCUUGUAAUUAGUGUACAGUAAUCGAGCGAAGAGAAGCGAGUCGGAACGAGAUACAUGAAAUUAGGUAUAAAAUACUGCCCCUCCCCCAUGCCUUCGGAUCAUCCCCUGGCCUCUGUCCAUCGUUCCUAGUUUGUCUCUCUUCGUCUUUCGGACUCACCGUGCUACCCUCCCCAUCGCCCUCCUAGUUCCUGCUCUCUCUGGUCCUUCGUCGCAAUUAUUUUCCUGCUUCUUCUCGAGGAAGGGAAAAAUCGAAACGUGGGAAGGAAAAGGCGAAGGAGAGGAAACAGAAGGAGAAAUCCCGUAGGACCCGUUUAUCUCUUCCUUAGGGCAGCUAAUCUGCGGUUUAAAAGGUAAAUGAUAAAAAAAAAAGAAAGCAAGAUACAGAUAUCCUAGGCGUGUCUACUACGACGACAUUAAUAUUAUAUAUAAAGUAUAUUAUAUAUAUAAAUACACACAGACACACACGAUAAUAAUUAAUAAUUAUUUAUGCGUUUGUAAAUAGUAGAGAGGGCCCAGUAGAGAGCGUCCGGCCAGUGUAUGUAUUGUAUGUAGAGUAGGCACCGAUAUUAUUAUUAUAAUAAUUGAGAUCAUAAUUCAUACUAACGACGACAGCGAUUAUUAUUAUUAUGAUUAUUAUUAUUAUUAUGGAUUAUUAUUAUUAUUAUUAUUGUUAUUGCAAUGUUUAUAAUAUUAUCGAUUCACGUCGGCUCGGUCGAUCAUGACGUGAGAAAUAUGGAUCGUUGAUCGCCGUAUGACAGAUUACGGAGGAACACGUGCGCGGAGCGCGACCCUCGCCUGGAACGAACGACGCGGAAACUCGCCACCACGAGUUCCUCUCCGUUCGUAAGUAUUAUUUAUUUAUUGCUGUUGCGCGCUCCCCGUAAGACGACGAACCCGCAGAAUAUUGUCGCUAAUCGUGAUAUAUAAAACGCGUGAAAAGGUGAUAUAAAAAUCGUACACGCGACGCGUUUCUUUCCUGCCUCCUCUCUUAUCCCAAUCCCUUUUUUUCCUCUCUCUUUCUUUCCUUUCGAGCGACGCGGUUUUUUCGUCGAACGUGCCCAACUCCGUAAUCUGACAGAACCUCUGGAACUCGCGUUGCGCCCGAACCUUUCAGCGACGCCCUUCGCUUUUACAGAAGGGCGAGGAAACGUAUGCGCUAUACUUGAUCACCGCGCGCAGGUAACCGAAGAUGUUGUUCUCGUGUAUAGCAGCGAGGCGCAACGUUAACCGUCAACAUAUCAUGUCAUGUCGAGAGUGAACGAUCGCCAUCACCUUUUAGUCAUUCGUGUCCAAAAUUUCACGCGAGCUCGCCACGAUGCCACAUUGGCAGAUGGCCCGCAGACUGUGUCCUUUCGCAAUAAACGAAUCAUUAUAAAAAAAAGAGAGAAUGUCUUUGAGCUGUAGUCAUUGUUCCUUACCCCCUUGUUCCAAUCGAUCAUCCGGUCCGUCGAUCUGUGAGAAAAAACUCCGAUAGCUUUACAAGUAUGUAGUGGGAAAAGGUGAGUAA